GUGUGGGAGGCUGCAGCUCAAACUGUUAGGGAUGAGGAGGAAACCAAGAAGAUGCUCUGUGAUGAUCUAAAUCAGUUGAUCCAAGAAAGCACAGCCACUCAACUUACAAGACUGGAGGAGUUAAAAAGACGACUUGCAGCUCUUAACCCUAGCCGGGGUUCCUCUGUUGUUCAUACCCAAACCCUAGUGUCAUCCUGUACCACUGGUGGAGCCAGGGGGCAAGGGGAGCAAUUGCACCCCUUGAAAUUCUAGGAUUUGCUUGACUUGCAUUUUGUUACCCAAAAAAUUCAGUUGAAACUGCCUACUGGUGCACUUCCUAAAAAUAUGGAAUUUGUUAAUUGUGGAUAGUAAUUAUGGAAUGCCCACCUGACUUGCCCUCCGUUCUUUCUCGCUAGUACUAUAUUUUCUCACCAUCAAGAGUAUCCCAAGACAUCCCGAGACACCCACUAACUAAUGUCAUAGUAGAGAAUCUGAAGACCCUUCAGAUUAAAAAGUCAAUGCAGGUUUCUUUUUUUUUUUGGGUACAAUCAAUUCAGGCUCUUGCUCAUGUUAAACCAUUUUUUAAAAAAUAAAUAACUUAAUUU